AUGGGAACCCCGAACACGACAACCCCGGGCAAGAGGUCUUCGGAAGAUGCGGCAUCUGACCGUUUCAACGAGUUCAUGUGCGAGCGCAUGCCGAGCAAUAACAGCGAUGGGGUGGCUAUCAACUUCACGGACUUGAACUGGAGGGACUUGACGGAAGCCGACGAGCGUAGGGUUCACCAAAGGAUUACGGACUGGGUGAACUCACCGUCUCGUCUAGUUAAUCUCAACCAAGUCAACAACCGGCUUCUCGACUUCCUAGCGAGAGCACCGUCGGUCUCAAGAACCCCAUCUGUAUCUUCGACCACAACGUAUGAUAGCGAGGAUGAACUCCAGUGCGUCAUUCUAGAAGAAACCCUGGCAUACAAUAGCCUUGUUGCUGACGGUGGUCGGCCAUGCUAUCGGUUCGACUUGCUCGAGAACGUUACCAGAGCCCCUGAGGAGCACCGCGACAUGUUGCGCGCUUGGGGUUCCGAGAACGACUGGAUGGUAUACACGAAGCAGUUCCAUCGAUGGAAAAAGUUUCGCAGCUGGCAGGAAGACAACCGUGGAAUUCUCAAUAUAGGGGUCGACUUUGAGAAGUCCCAAGCACGGCAUGCCACUUGGGACAGGAUGCGAGGGCGUGAACCGGAGCGCAGCGAUCCGGAGUGGCAGGCGAAUCACCUCAAUAUGGUGACCAACCAACGAAAACAUGAGCAUCGCCGCUUUGUCGAAAGUGGUGUGGCCAAAAUGAAGGGCGAAAACAGGUUCUCGAUCUACGUCCAGGCGGCACGAACCCGCCUGAAACGCCACGACUUCACACGAGAAUUCCAGCCGGCCCAAGACCACUUACACCAGGACGAGUUGACGACUUGGAUCGAGUAUCUAAACUACGAGUACUGGGCUUACGAUAAAUUCGCUGCCAGAGCGGAUCGGCUUCAGCCAGAGUACGAGCAAGCCCUCAAAGAUCUCCUUGGUGGAGAGGUACUCUUACCCGGCGAGACGAUCGAAUCCGUCGUUGAUUUUCACUAUCGUUUACAGCUCAACCGCGACAAGUAUCAGGCCGAACAGGCUAUGAAGAACGCCGAAUCCAACCUUGCAGCUAGGCAGGAGGCGUUGGAUAACACCGGUAAAGACGCGCGUCACCUCGCUCAGGACAUUUCAUUGAAGCAACUCCAAAAGAGGUUAAAGGAAGCCGUCGAAGCUUUCACGGCCCUUGAGGCACGCGACCGUCUCAUAGAAAUCUUUUUCAAGGCCUACAAGCCCUACAAGCUCGCCAGGAAUAAGGAAGAGGCCCAUAAACUCAUUUUGAAAUGGAUUCUUGACCAGAUGCCUCUCGUCGAAGCGGAGUUGGCGGAACGCAAAUAUGCUACCACGCCCGGCGGAACAAGAACAAGGCGGCCCAGUCACGAGGGGAACCCGGACGGUCCAGAUUCUCAGAGGCAUGUGCCUCGCACACCGACGCCUCAAGAGGUCGUGCCCGCACCAGAGCCACCGAGGCAGACUCAUUCCUCGUCCGGCUCAAAGAAAGCACCGAGCGACGCCGACAAUGACAACAAAGAAGCCGAAGAGGCGGCCGCCAAAGGGCCCGGGCCGGGCGACCAAGCUGUCCGAGGGGCUCAGCCCGCGUCGGAGUUGCAUGAGCAGGCGGUAUCUUCAACCAUGAUCGGCCUGAAAAGAGCACGGAGCGAUAAUGACAACGAGGAAGAAUCCGAAGCACCAGCAGCCAAGAAGCUUAAGCUGGACGCGGAAGCUGUCCGAGGUCAUCAGGCUGGACAGGAGAUACGACGCACCGGGAAAGUGCGCGCUCCGGAGGCCGAAAAUGCCGAAGCUGCACUCAGCCACCAAGCCGCGAGGGAACGAGAAACACAAAGAUCAACGGGCACCGGGCCCGCCGCCGCCGCCAGGCGGCGCCAUCAGACUCGGCUGGCAACCAGCCGCGCCGGACAGGCGGCAGGUGUCAAAACGACCGAAACUUUGUCGGAGUCUGUGCCUAAGCGUGUCACCCGGGCGAGCAAGAAGAAGCCGGCGAAGAAACCGGAGCCAAAGAGGGUUCAGCCAAAGAGGGCCCGGCCCAAAAAAGCCUAG